AUGGCGACGUCCAUGGGCGAUGCCACGUCCUCGACGUCGUUGGAUACAGUUGAAAAUUUGACAGAUUUAGAAGCUAUUCAAAAGGCAUUCGAUGAAUUAUGCAAGGAUGAGCUGACGAUUGAAGAUGAGCUUAAGGGGCUGCUUGAUCAUCAAUCUCGACUGGAGAGCAAGAUGGUUGGCUUGCACAAAGCCCUCCCGAACCUGCAGAUCUUGGAGACAGACUCCUGUCAGCUGAGUAGCAUGAUCUCCUUCACUUCAACACUGGCCGACAAUGUCAGCAGUAAAGUCAGGAAACUCGACCUUGCUAAGGUUUCUGACUGUAUAGAGCGAGUAGAGGAUAUACUGGAUCUCAAGUUCUGUACAGAUGGAGUACAAACAGCUCUUCAGAAUGAGGAUUAUGAAAAGGCGGCCGGCCAUAUCCAUCGCUACCGGAAUCUGGACGAGUCAGUUCUGAGAAUGAGUGCUGAUAAUGAUGAAGGUGGCACACUGGACAUCUCCUUCAAGCUGCUUCACGAGGCCGAGGAUAAACUCAAGGCCAUCGUCACCUCCAAGUUUGAUGCCGCUGUCCACUCCGAGGAUGUGGCAUCCGUAGAGAGGUUCUUCAAGAUAUUCCCGUUGUUGGGGCAACACGAAGAAGGACUCACUAAAUUUAGCAAAUAUUUGGCUAAAAAGCUGUCUGAGAACGCUGACAACCAGAUGAAGCUUGCCCUUCAUAUGGACAGUGAUGACAAGAGGGCCAAGGUGUUGUUUGCAGACACCAUCACACUACUGUUUGAGAGUAUCGCUAGAGUAGUGGAGAUACACCAGCCAUUGGUAGAAACAUAUUAUGGUCCCGGGAAGCUGCUGAUCCUGCUGAAGAUCCUACAGAAGGAGUGUGAUCGGCAGUCGAGGAAAAUCGUAGAACAGUUUAAGUCAAAGAGAGAACAUGAACACAAGGUGCGACAGGUUCAGCAGAGUUUGAUGAUCCAGAAACAAACCUCAACAGAAAAAGUGGAACCAAAGGACCUGGAUGUGCUGCUGUCUGAGGUUGUGCUUAUCAGUACGCGGGCUGAGCUGUAUCUCCGCUUCAUCAAGAGGAGAGCCAUGUCUGAUUUAGAAGUGGCAUUUCCAGAUGAAGAUGACAGAACACGAGAGAGUGUGGACCUGGACAAGUAUCUGGCUAGCUGUGACCUGAGUCGUCUGAUGCAGGAGCUCAUCGGCAGCUACAUCAUGAUGGAAGAAUACUUCAUGAGAGAGAUGAUGCUCAAGGCUGUGAACAUGGACACCUUGGAGGAUGGAGCCCAGACCUCCAGCAUGGUGGAUGAUGCUUUCUUCAUCGUCAAGAAAAGUGUCAGGCGCACCAUCUCCAGCUCCAGUGUAGACGGCGUGUGUGCAAUGUUGAACCACGCGUGUACGCUGUUGGAGCAGGACUUCCGGGAGGUGCUUUAUUCAAGGCUUCGCUCAGGCUUCCCGUCCGGCUUUGACCUACAACAGGCCUACAACCUGGUCCAGUCCAGCUUCCAGCAGGGCAAGCUGCAGAGCUCCGACUCCGAGAAGGAGAAGGCCAAGACUCUGUUCCUGACUGCCUUAAACAAUGCUGAAGUCAGUUCAGAAUACUCAAAAGCUUUAAAAACAAACCUUGAGGAGGAGGUGUCGAAACUCUACGUCCAGUGUACAGAGCAAGCCAGAGCCAAGCUAGAGAGCUGCUUGUCUGACCUUGGUACGGUAUCUGGCAAGUUCAAGGACGUGAUUGAGUUCGGCUUCUCUCAGCUGACUUCAAGUGUUGUGAAGCCUCGCAUCAAGCCCCUGGUGGAGUCCUUCCUCUCUACAGACCAUAACUUAACAGAGGAGGACUUCUCCAACUAUGAGGCAAACGAUCCAUGGGUCCAAAACUUCAUCAUGAACCUGGAUGCUCUGUUCAGCACUUUCAAGGUAGGUGGAGUGUCACUUCUCACAUCAGGGAACUACGACCACCUCGUGAACCUCAUCGUCGGUGAGAUCACCGUCCAGCUGGAGAAGGCCAUCACCAAGUCAACAUUCAACAGGCUGGGAGGUCUCCAGUUUGACAAGGAGCUGCGGUCACUAGUGGGCUACCUGUCCUCCAUCACCACCUGGACCAUCAGGGACAAGUUUGCCCGCAUCACACAGAUGGCCACCAUCCUUAACCUGGAGCGGGUGUCAGAAAUACUCGACUACUGGGGUCAGAAUUCUGGACCUUUGACCUGGAGGUUGACACCUACUGAAGUAAGACAGGUGCUCAGUCUCAGGGUGGACUUUAGAAUAGAAGAUAUCAAGAGACUGAAGUUAUGACAGGACUAUUUACUCCAGCCCAAACACGUCUUUCACUAUAUAUCAUCAUUCCAUAACCAUCAUGGCCGUCUUGUGGACAGGUCAUGAGAACACAGGACAAGGGAGGUAACUCUCAAGACAAGGGAGGUAACUCUCAAGACUAGAAACCAUUGUAAUGGCAGCAUUAUCAUUGAUCUGAAAAAGCAUGGAAGUCAUCUACCAAGGGGGUAGGAGAGGGGAGCAAAUGUAAUGUAUAGGUGUUCCAUAGUGUGCUGUCAACAAUAAGCUUGUUGUAUCAAGCUCCACACAGGGACUUCUUAUUACUUCAACUUUGUAUGCUAUCACUGCUUAUCACCAUGACCAUGCAUGGAGUUCUAAAACUGACUGGUUGUUAUGUCAACAGAUAAACAUUAACUGUUGGGAUGUUGUACAUCUUUCCCGCUUCUUAGUUGUUUAGUGUAACUACUGGGAAUAUACUUCCAGUUACUGUGAGGGACGUGAUUUGAUGGAAAUGGAAGGGAGAUGUUUCAUGCUGGUCCAUUUCUUUGCAAUCGUGGCUUCAUUCUUUUUGAAGGAACAAAUGCAGAUUGAUCUGAGAAGUUCUUCUCCAUAUUCUCUUUAAUGACAUUCCCAAAGACCAAUCUUUAUUGACAACAAAUGUAAGUUCAUCUGGGAAACACAAAGUUGGUCAUUAUCAGUUUUUGGAGAUGGACAUGCACCAAACUUCUCCUGUACAUUCCCCUCACAUGAUGUGUUAAAGCAUAGUAUUAGUUCUAUAUGGUAUUGUGGAGUUUAUUGGAAAUAAUGUUCAGGAUUUAUGUGAUAUCCACACUCAGCUGGAGUCAGCUUAGGACAGUGUCAAUCUGGAGUGGAGAAGAAAAAUCCAUGGUCACUGCUACACAAAGAUCUGAGAACAGCCAAUUACAAGUCUCGUCAGAAUGGAAUUUCAUAGGACCAAUCAAAGCUUUGCUUUCAAGAUUGCAAAAGUGAAAGUCUGAAUUGUUUUCAUUUGUUGAGUUUUAAAAUGAAAUUUUAGAAGUGUUUCAAAAUAUGCAUUAAAGCUUGAGAAGCUGAUUCUGAUUGAUUAAUAUUGUCUUUCUGUUUUUUCAUUAGUCAGUGAAAGUUUUCAAAUGGUGUUUUGACCCGAUCUGUAAUGGGGUGUCCUGGAAUCUUUGUGUAGUUGCAUCAAACACUAAAAUCAUGUAUUAAUGAGAUUGAAAUGGAGCUGAAGCUCAUCCUUCCUGGGCAGUCUGUGAUAUGUAGAGGAAGGCUGACGAGAACGUUUGUUCAUGGUUCCCCUGCAUCCUGCUCUUCCUACUCCUGCUCCGUUUACAUCUUUGUUUCUCCAGUGCAUCAUAUCUCUAUCAUGUCAUGGUAAAUACCCAGGACCCAGUGGCCACAAGGGGGCACUGAUUUCUCAGUUGUCUCGCGUCUCCUCAAUUUGCAGAGAUGCCAACUCAUACGAUCUUAUUGUAUUCCUUUUCGAAAAAACAACACAAAAUACGUGAUUAUGAUAGCAGUAAAAAUCUACGAAUUUUAAUAAAAA